GAAUUUUGCUAUCAAUAGCCCUUUGUUGCAAGGCUCUUGUUUCGCUGACCUACCACACAAUUGACUCACCAGAGGCAACUUGAACUUUGCGAAAAAGAUAAUGCUGAAGUGCUAACUUAUAUAUUUUAGUGACAUAAAUCUCUAAUGAUGUGGCACGCUAUUCAAAGGAGUUUUCCUUAACUUUUCUCUACACUUAAUUUUGAACAUCUAUGAGCACUUCAAAAAAUAUUAAAUUAACUAGAGUUUUGAGUUUAUCAUCAUUUACUAAAAAUUUUAUUUCCUAAAAAAAUUUAAAAUAUUACAAUAUGAUAUUAUAAAGAAAAAGAAAUUUCAAUAGAAAAGGAUGUAAAAUUGAGAUUUUUAAUCAUUAAAAACAUAUCCCGUGUUUUUAUCUUGUACAAACGUUUACAAAAGCAGGAAAACUGUUGCGGUUUUUUUGCCCAACCGCUACUUCCUCUGUAUCACGUCAACCCAGUUUUGAAGGAAAACUUAUUACGCGUUGGUAACUGUUAACAAAAAUGUCGCAUCAGGUGGACAGGUCGUCCUUCAUAGGCGGAUUCAGGAGCGAAGGGUUUCCCACGCAGUACGCCGAAAACAAGACAGCGGCCGAAGUGGACGUUCUCGAGGCGGGCUUUAUUUUGGCCUUUGUCAUUCUCGCCGUCGCGUUCCUCAUCAUUUUGCCAGCGGCUCACCGGGCAGGGAAACUCAAUAUCUUUAUCCGCAUUGCCGUGUGUCUUUUAAUUGGUGGAAUUUUGACAACUUUGAACUUUGGCUACCGCUGGGAGGUUGGAUCUAUUCAGUCCAACAUGGCUUACAAAGCUGGGUCUCAUGCCGAGUUGCAUAAAGCCAACAUUGCCGUGCACUUUGGUCUUCGCGGUGUCAAUAUUACCCUGCACGCCGAAGGCAAUCAAAAGCCAGACGAGUUGAAGCACGAAAUCAUCAAUUACAACGAGGAAUUCAGCUGGACUUGGGAUCAAGGGCGCUUUGGUUUUGGACCCUUCGCCGGUCGGCUGCAACGCACUUUUCGGGAGGGCCAACGCAAAGGCCUUCCUUUGCCAAUCCUUUGGGUCGCAGACUAUCUCACUCUGGACGGCGAGGGCUACAGGUUCGGACGUUUUUACCGCACGGCUGGGUGGUACGCGCACAUUGCAAUGUGGUCUGCUUUUCCGUGCUGGUUGCUCACGGUGAUCUUGCUGCACACCUGUGUCCGCUACGGCGCCGCCUUUUUGUCGCUCACUGGCUUUUUCCAAAUCGUGGCCUGCAUCCUCUGGGUGUCCAUUCGCAAUCCUAACCCGCUCGUCAUCCCGUUUGAAAACGCCACCCUCACUACCAAACUUGGCUCUGAUUUCUACUUGGUCGCAAUCAAUGGUGUCUUUUGCCUCAUCCUCGGGGUGGUUAUCUGGAUUUUUGAUCAGAUAUUCACGGAGCAGACAACCCUAUUUUUCGGAAUUGAUCCUUUAACUGAUAAUGUCGAGUUCUACCCUAGUGUUGCUAAGCCAGAGGGUGGUUCGACUGCUAAUGGCUCUGAAUCAACGUCACCAUUAAUGCCGCCCUUUAGUCAGGAGCCUGUGAUUAUGAAGAGAAGGACCACCAUCAGGAAGGUGCAGAAGAAGGCUGAAGGUGCUUUACACAAAUACCGCCGCCCAAUUCCAGUCCCUAGGACGACCGGUGGGACAAUCUAUGAGGAUGACACUCCAAUUUACGGCAAUCAGAGCAAUAUUGAAAUCAACGCUGCUGGUUCUUCUGCGAAUUAUCAUCGCCAGAUUUGACGCAGUUGUCCCAUUCAUUCUAUUUUUAUUGUUUUGCUGUUUAAAUUAACUGACUUGGAAUUGGCUGAAUUAAUUUAAUAUUUUUAAAAUACUACAAUUUGUGUUUAAUUUGCAGUUAUUACUAAAAAGAAGAAAAAAGUUUUAGUUAAAUUUGGAAACUUGGGAAAAUCUUUAAUCAACGUGGGAUGAUUUUUAUAAAUAAUUAAAUUUCAUAAGAAUUUUUUUGAAUUUACUGAAAAUGUUUGAGAGAAUUUCACCAAUGUCAGAGCAUAAUUAAAAAUCCAAAUUUUCAUUUUCAUUUAAAUCUAAUUCUCAACAGCAAUUUUUCUACUUCCAGAAAAAGGAGAAUUCAAAUUAAAUUUAUAUAAUUAGGGCAUACGGAAUGCAACAGAAUUCAGUUCAUGUUGUUUGUUAUACAUAUUUUUACUGAUGUGGAUAAAUAAGUAUAUAAAAAUUUUGUCUUUAAUUUUCACUUGAAUGCCCUUUGACUAUAAGUCACUAUAAGAAAAAAUUAUAGUAUUUUAACAUUGUAAUGCAUUCCAUUAAAUAAAAAAUGCUUUAGCUAAGGAUGGGAUGUGUUGGCUGUAUUAUCAAGUCAUUAAAAUCACAAUU